UGUUCAUCGCAUUGGCCUCCUGAAACUUUUGGAUUUGCACCCAGUUUGCCUCCGUUGUGAUUAAAUGGCAGAGGCAGUUGUCUCCGUCACUCUAGAGACUAUCCGCGACCUCCUUGUAGAAGAAGCCAAGUUCUACUAUGGAGUGAGGUCCGAGGUGGAGGCUAUCCAGCAGGAGCUCCAGCGAAUGCGAUCGUUCUUGAAAGACGCUGAUUCCAAACAAGACACGGAUGAGAGGGUCCAGAAUUGGGUUGCUGAAGUUCGAGAGGCAGCCUACGAUAUCGAGGAUAACGUUCUUGUUUUCGUCGCUGCUAAGGUUGCCUCCAGGAGGUCGAGAAAUUCAAGAAAUGUUUUCAGGAGAAUGGGCUGUUUUUUGAAGGAGAUUGUCACCACUUACAGGGUUGGGUCCCGGAUUUCAGAUAUCAAGAGCAAGAUUUCUGGGCUCACCACGAGCUUGCAGACUUAUGGGAUAAAGCCGAUUACUGAUCCUGGAGAAGGGGCCAGUUCCAAGAACGGAAGAAUCAACGAUUUGAGGAGGUCUUAUUCCCAUGUCGUGGAGGAAGACAUCGUGGGGUUGGAGGAGGACAUUAAGAUGUUGGUCGGGCAUUUGGUGGACGAACAGAAAGAUAGAGUAGUUUCUAUUUAUGGAAUGGGAGGUUUAGGGAAGACCACCAUAGCCAGGAAGCUUUACAGCCAUAGUGAUGUCAGGAGGCAUUUUGAUGGAUUUGCUUGGACUUGCGUAUCUCAGCAGUGGGAUAAGAAGGAUAUUAUGGUAGGGAUAUUGAUCAAACUUAUACCGGAGAAACGGGAGGAUAUUCUUUGUAUGAGGGAUGAGGAAUUGGUGAAGCAGCUCCAUGAUGUGCAGCUCAAGAAGAAGUGUUUGGUGGUUCUUGAUGACAUCUGGUCUGGACAAGCUUGGGAGAGCUUGAAACCAGCUUUUCCGAAUUCCAGGACAGGGGAAGGUAGCAAGAUACUGCUCACGACCCGCAACAAAGAAGUUGCGGUGUUUGUGGAUCCUAAUGGUUUUCUUUAUGAACCGAGGUUUUUGAGCAAUGAGGAGAGCUGGGAGCUGCUGCAGAAGAAAGCAUUCCCUAGAAGGGGAGAUGAUAAUGCUGAGUUUAAGAUUGAUCCGGACAUGGAGAAAUUAGGGAAGGAAAUGGUUGGACCUUGUUGUGGGUUGCCACUAGCCAUUCUCGUGCUUGGUGGACUUCUGAUCACAAAGCAUACACUAAGAGAUUGGCAGAUGGUAUAUGAAAACAUCAACUGGUACUUGGCCAGGGGCAGAGGCCAUGGACAACAACAAGCAGUGAAUGAUGUUUUAGCCUUCAGUUACCAUGACCUACCAUUCCAAUUCAAGCAAUGUUUUCUUUAUUUCGCCAAUUUUCCUGAGGAUUUUGAGAUAGAAGCUGAGAAGGUAUACCAGUUCUGGUUGGCUGAAGGUAUUAUAUCACAAGACGAGAGGGCUGAAGAAGAAACAAUGAUGGACGUUGCUGAAAGAUACUUGGCUGAACUGGCUCAAAGGUGCAUGGUGCAAGUCAAUGUUAAGGAAACUGCUGGUGGUUUCAAAAACUGCCGUCUUCAUGAUCUAAUGCGAGAUCUGUGUAUAUCUAAAGCCAAAGAUGAAAACUUCACUAAGGUCAUUGAUUUUAGACGUGAAAAGAAAGCAACGGAAUCAUAUGCAUCCAGCAACACUGCGCGGAGAGUUUCUGUCUACUUGGAGACCAAUGAAACCAAUUCUCCAGUUGCUUGCAGUGAAUAUAAUCACAUCAGGUCAGCAUUCUUCUAUGCCAGUGAUUGCAAGGGAGACUUUUUGCAACAUAUGAAAUCCCACCUCGGCAGCUUCAAAUUACUCAGGGUUCUGGAUCUUCAGGGAUUUCACUAUCCUGAUGAGCUGCCUAAAGCCAUCGGAGACUUAAUCCAUUUGAGAUACUUGUGUUUAAGCUAUUCUCAGUUCAAGAAGUUGCCAUCGUCGUUAGGCAAACUGAUAUUCUUGGAGACACUUGAUUUAGAAGCGGAUACCACACUCGAGAUCCCAAAUGUAGUCUGGAAGAUGGGGCGAUUAAAUCAUUUAUAUCUUCCUAGUAACUUUCUUACUCAAGACGGUGCAAAAUUGAGAUUGGACGGAUUGAGUGAGCUGGAGACACUGGUAAACUUCAAUACUAGCUUAUGUGAUGUAAAAGAUCUUGAUAGAUUGACUAAUCUUCGGAAACUACGAGCAGCAAUAAAGGAUAAUCUUGAUGACCUGCCAAAUAUCAUCAAAUACAUAAGCUUCACACAGAAUCACCUCCGGCGCUCUUCCCUUUCCAUUUCCUGUCCACAAUUUUGUUCGGAUGCAGAGUUAAGCCUGUUGAGGACAUUGCUAGGUUGCCACCGUCUGUACAAAUUAUCCAUACGCGGGCAUAUAGCUAAGCUGCCAGAGCAUUAUCAUUUUUCUUCAACCAUUGCCAAAAUUGCCUUCAAGGCGUCAGCACUCAGUGAAGACCCAAUGGCCACGCUGGAGAAGCUACCAAAGUUGAGCAGCCUAACGUUAUACGAUUCCACCUAUGUUGGAGAGGAAAUGGUUUGCUUGACAAAAGGUUUCCCUAGGCUAUUGUAUCUGAAACUGUGGGGUUUGUCGAACCUGAAAACAUGGAGAAUUGACGAAGGAGCCAUGCCAAAACUCACACGUUUAGUCAUUGCUCACUGUGGAAAGCUGGAAAUGCUUCCGGAUGGUUUGAAAUUCAUAACCACACUCCAGAAGUUGAAUGUUAGGUGGAUGCCUGAUGGUUUUAAGAAUCGGCUCAGAGCAGCAGACGGUGAAGGAGAAGACUUCUACAAAGUUCGACAUGUGCCUGACAUCAAGCUCGAUUAACUCUUCUCGUUGCUGCAUGAUGUCGUGAACGAUUGCAGCUUCUUGCACGCUUCUUUUACUGUGUUAUAUGGUACGUUUGCUUUGAUAUUAUUAAUUCUUCUGUGUUAGCUGCAGAGGUAUCCAUUCUAUUAGGGGCCCAGAUUUUAGAGCCUCAGUGUUGAUGACUUUAUUUAUGUUUAAGAUCAUUGCUGAACUGCUUCCUUUCCUCA